AUGGCGGGCUCUCAGCUGAAGCGCCUCAAGGCGUCGCUAAGGGAGCAGGGAGUCAUUGGACCCCAGCAGUCUAAAAAGCAAAAGCGCCGCAACGCUGAAGAACAAAAGGGUCGCAACGACAAGAGGCUCCAGCGAGGCGUCGUCUUGUCUGGCAUCCGUGAGCAGUUCAACCCCUUCGACCUCAAACAUGCCGCAAGAGGACCGAAGUUCGACGUCACGAGCAAUGUGCCUAAAAGCUCCAGUGCUGCCAAGGGCAUCCAAGGGCGGCCUGGCGCCGCCAAAGCUGCCAGCGAAGAGCGGCGCCGAGAAACUCUUUUAGUCGACAUGCAGCGUCGCAACAAAAUUGGCGGCAUUCUAGAUCGACGAUUCGGAGAAAACGACCCAACCAUGGCCCCGGAGGACAAGAUGCUGGAACGAUUUGCUCGCGAGAAACAGCGCGCUCACAAGAGUUCCAUGUUUGAUCUCGAAGACGACGGCCCAAUAGGUGGCCUCACACACGGAGGAAAGUCUCUCUCCUUCGACGACGAUGAUGAUGACGGUGCGCUACUCGACGACUUUGCCGAGGAAGAUCUAGACGCCGACGACAGCGAUGGCUCUAUUCGCGAACGACAGCGUUUAAAACGUCUACGAGGCCUUGCAGAGGAAGAUGGCGCCAGCGAUCAAGAACCCGACCGUAAAAAGUCCAAAAAAGAGGUCAUGGAGGAAAUUAUUGCCAAGUCUAAACACCACAAGUACGAACGUCAGGCCGCCAAGGAAGAUGACGAGGAGAUGCGGGCAAAGCUCGACAAGGAGCUCUCCAGUAUACAAAUGCUGCUAUCCUCGUCCGCGAAGAACAAGCGUCCGGGGGAACCAGCCGCGACGGCCACGGCCAGCAUUGCGGGUGUUGAACGCGGAGAAUUUGACAGAAAUUUCGAUAUGCAGGUGAAGCGUCUAGCACAAGAUCGCCGCGCACAACCACAAGAUCGCACGAAAACGGAGGAGGAAAAGCUAGAAGAGGAAUCGAAGCGUCUACGUGAACUAGAAGACAAACGUCAACGACGAAUGCGCGGCGAGGAGGUUUCAGACAGCAACGAGAGUGAGGACGACAAGGGCAAGAAAGAUGCCGGUGAUGACGAGCAAUCAGAUGACGACGACGGUUUUGGUCUCGGUGAAGGUCUUCGUACACGCACCACAGCCACUGACGUUGGGCUUGACGACGAGGACAACUUUAUCAUUGAUGACGACCUAGUUGCGAGCGGUUCGGAUCUAGAUCUUGCAGACAGUGGUGAUGAGUCAGAUGAUGAAUCCGGCGGCGACUCUGAUGCCGCAGAGGACGAAGAUGAGGACGACGAGUUCACCAAGGGUCUCCUUAACGAGGAGGAAACACGAAACCCGGCCUUCCAUGUCCCCUCCGCCGCGACCGCAUCUGCGCUUAAGAAGGGAGACGAGCACGGCCUUCCAUUCACAUUUCCGUGCCCAGAGACUCUGGAGGAGUUCAAAGCCAUCACAUUACAGUAUUCGCACGAGAGCACACCAAAGAUUGUGCAGCGUGUGCGUGCGCUCUACCACCCUAAGCUCAACGCCAAGAAUAAAGAACGCCUAGGAAACUUUUCCAAGGCCCUGGUUGACUAUGUCGCUGCACCAUGGGACCCGGCCACAGCACCACCAUCAUCAGUCGUCGAGAAUGUCGUGCGUCACAUCCACUCUCUUGCGAAGAUGUUUCCUAUCGAGAUCAGCAACCAAUUCCGUCAGCACCUUACGGAGAUGGGGGAAAACCGCACUCUUGCCCUCGAACCAUCAGACCUUCUACUUCUAAGCGCCAUCGGAAGCAUCUUUCCUACCUCAGAUCACUUCCACCAGGUCGUCACACCUGCUAUGUUGACUAUCGGUCGCUAUCUUGGUCAAAAAAUACCAGUACAGCUCGCUGAUUUCGCCACUGGCACGUUCCUCUGUGUACUGUCGCUUCAAUACCAACAGCUCGCGAAGCGGUACGUGCCAGAAGUCAUCAACUUUGCCGUCAACACACUCUGCGCAAUGGCUCCCAAGCCCAUAAAAAUGACCACAACGAUACCAAUACACGAAAAUUCCCAAAGGCGCUUCAUCACGGCCGAUGCCAAACUUCGCAAGCUACGCUUCACUGAUUGCGUCCCCGACGAUGCUAGUUACACGGGCCCUGCUGUCGAAGCCGCUACUGUGUCUGCCUCCAUCCUCGCCACGACAUUACAAGUCCUCGACGCCGCUGCGGACUUGUGGACCGGCAAGCCUGCCUUCAUCGAGACCUUUGCGCCCGCCAUCCACGCGUCCAAGCACCUCUCCUCCUCCGCCAAGCUGCCAUCCUCCGUCUCUCAGCAAGCCACCAAGCUCGCCACCAAGCUCGAGCGCAUGUCGCGCUUAGCGCACAUCGCCCGUCGCCCGCUCGAGCUCCAUCACCACCGCCGCCUCGCCAUCAAGACCUUCAUCCCCAAGUUCGAGGAGACGUUCGACCCGGACAAGCACUACGACCACGACAAGGAGCGCGCGGAGCUGGCCAAGCUGCAGAAGGAGCACAAGCGCGAGCGCAAGGGCGCGAUGCGGGAGCUGCGCAAGGACGCCAACUUCAUGGCGCGCGAGAAGCUCCGCACCAAGAUCGCCAAGGACGAGGCGUACGAGAAGAAGUUCAAGCGCCUGGUGGCCGAGAUCCAGAGCGAGGAGGGUCGCGAGUCCAACGCGUACGAGAGGGAAAAGGCGGCGCGGAAACGCGCCAACAACCGAUAG